CCCUUCCCUGCUGACAGAGUGCUUCCGGAGAGGCCUGGCGUCAGCGCCGCGGCCAUGGCGGAGCUGACAGACGCGGAGCUCCGGAAGGAGCUGCUGGCUCUGGGCUACCGGCCGGGGCCCAUCACCGAGACCACCCGCAAGGUCUACAUUAAGAAGCUAAGCUGUCUGCGGGCUGAGGUGGCGGCGGCGAAGCGCAGGGGCCGCGGCGCUCCUCCCAGCCCGGGCCGCAGCUCCGGCAGGCCGCAGCAGGCCUCACCCUCGCGGCCGCGCCUCGGUUUCAGCCUCAGCCCCGGCAGGGCCGCUCGCGACAGAGAGGAGGACGAGGAGGAGGAUGAAGACGAGAUGGAGGAGGACGAGAUGGAGGAGGACGAGGAGGAGGAAAGAGGACGAGUGCCCGUGUCCCGCUGGGAGGCCGCUGAGGGCGGCAGGCUGUCCUGGGGAGACCCACGAGGCUCUCCUCCUGGACGCAGCGGGGGGCUCGGCGGUAGGGCCGAGGGGGGGCUGUCCCGGGACGGGGUCCGGGGGCUGAGCACCCCAUCCUCGUGGAGCUCAUCCCUGGAGAGAAGCGGGGGUCUCAGGGCUGGAACGGGGCCGUCCCUGGAUGAUGGGUUUCGGGGCUCGAGUUCCUUUCAGUGGAGCACGUCUGCAGAGGGGAGCGAGGGGCUCAGCAGUGGGUUGGGGCAGUCCCUGGAUGGGUUUCGGGGGUCAAGCACAUCCCAGUGGAGCACAUCUAUAGAGAGAGAUGAGGGGCUCAGUGCUAGGGCUGGGUUAGGGACAUCCAUGGAUGGGGUGGGGGGACUGAGCUCCACGUCCUCGUGGGGUACAUCCACAAGCAAAAGUGGAAGGCUCAGCUCCACACCCUUUUCCAGGGAUGAAAGCGGGGGCCUGACAGCCAGGAGCCAUUGGGACACAUCGAUAGGGCGGACUGUAGGGCAGAACUCCCCAGCACUGUGGGAUACAGCAGGGGAAAGGAAGGUGGAAAGGAAAGGGCUUUUCUCCAACAGCUGGUGGGGACGGGAGAGCAAGGUGGCACCCAGCACGCACUGGGGAACUGCAGCAGGACGCAGUGGGUUGAGUUACCCAUUUGAGAGAGGAGAGGAGAACCUGGCGUCCAGUGUUCGGAGAGAGGCAGACAGAGAGCUGAAACCCAGCAGCUGGGGAGAGGGAUUGACCCGACGGCUGCCGUGGAGGGCUACAAGUGGCACGGGGCUGGCCUCAGGCAGCCGGUGGGAUGCAUCGGCUGCGGUGGUGACACCACGCACUCAGCUCCUGCGGUCAGCCCCCAGGCAGCGGACAGAAGGAAAGGGCAAAGGCCUUGAGUACUACCUCUCCCAGUUCCUUUGCCUCGCCAGCUUGGUGCUGCUGCUGAUUUUUCUGGGCAUCCUCAUGGUGAAGAUGAUUGGAUCAGGCUGGCUUGACCAGAGAGAGGAAGACUUUAAUCUCUUGCCUGUGGAUUGUGACAAAAGAACAGAUGAUUUUCAGUUCUGCAGAGCCAAACAGAAGGAUGCUGUAAUGAACAUGCUGCAUGAGUUGUAUAACUACUUGUCCGUGCAAGCUGGUAAUUUUGAAUGCGGGAACCCUGAGAAUCUAAAAAGCAAAUGCAUUUCAGUUAGUGAAGCAAGGGACCACGUGGUGAAUAUAACUGGUGGUUCCCCACAGAAGUUUGAAGCUGUCCUGAACUGGAUACUGAACAGUAACAAGGAUUUAGGAAUAUUGUUGAAAGACAAAGACCUCUCCGAACUGGUUACCAGUGUGGAAGAAGUGGUCUGUCUCGAAUCAGCCCAUCCUCAGAUGGGGCUCGGCUGCCGUUUCCGUCGGGCAGUGAUCACUGCUGUCAUGAACCUUUUCCUGUUUUUCUGGUGUCUGGUAACUCUGUGGGGGAUCCUCAUCUUCCUUCGGUAUCGCUGGCGGAAGAUGGAGGAAGAGGAGCAAGCCAUGUAUGAUAUGGUGAAGAAGAUCAUAGCUGUUGUCCAGGACCACUAUAAGGAAUGGGAACGGAAUUUGGAGCGUUACCCCUAUGUUGGCAUUCUCCACGUUCGGGACAGCCUCAUCCCUCCUCAGAGCAGGAAAAAAAUGAAGCGGGUCUGGAACAGAGCUGUGGAGUUUCUGGCCUCAAAUGAGUCACGGAUUCAGACAGAGUCACACAGAGUAGCAGGAGAGGAUAUGCUAGUAUGGAGAUGGACUCAGCCAUCUUAUGUCUCGGAUUCAGAACACUAAAGAGGAGCAGAAGCAGAGCAGCUGUUGAAAAGGACCUCUGCAAGGGAACAGUCCCUUCUCUGGUGGUGGGAAAGAGCAGGUCACAGCCCUAACCUCCUUGGGUUGGGGAUUGCAUGUAUCUGUUUGCUCUUCUUUCUGAAAAUCUUCUCAUACAAACGAAAAAAAAAAAAAUCAGGGCAAUAAUGUUGGCUUAGAAAGAAGAUGGGCUUGAGCUGGUGGGAAGCUAGAAUCACACCAAAGUUAACCUUCCAGCAGAUAUCUGGCUUCUGUAGGCAAACAAGCCUAAAGCAACUUGUUAAAAAGAAAAAACUGCGUGCUUAAAUAUUGAAGGACCUGAGAUCUCUCUGACAAUGGUUCGGUUCUUAAAAUUUGACCUCAAUUCUGCAAAAGCCAACUGGAGACAACAUCCAUCAUGGAACGUGUUUAAAGGAGAUUAACAUUUCCCAUGGAAACAUUAGGGUGGCAGUUAAGAUGUGUUUUGUUAGAGUUUGUUUUUAGCAGUACAAAGAUAGCGAUGAGAGCACUUGCUGCUUCCCAACAGGGAGAAUAUUUGUGUCCGCUUCACCCUUCGAAAACGGGGAAGAAAAUAAUAGAAAAUAUAAAAUCAGGCAAAGGUAGUCAUGGAGGGAGGGCAGUCUGACGUGCCUUGGUGGUUUGGGCUGGGUUGGGGGUAUGGAGGGAAGCAUUUGUGAUCCUGUUCCACUUUUCAAGUCUGCAAACUCUGUGCUUUAUGUUUUCUCGGGGGGGUGGGGGGGAAUUUGGGUGGGAAGCGAAGGAUAUAGGAAGCUUCAGAAAGUGCUUUCUUUUGGCCACAGCCAAAGGGAUUGCUUCAUGGGCUAUUAAAUAGCGGCUUUGGAAUGUCUACUGGGGCUGAAUGUACUUGUUUAUCCUGGGCAGCUGCAAUGUGUGUGCUGUGGGUCAGAGCAGAGGUGUACAAUGCAUGGCGUGUCAGGGGUUGCCAAAUCCAUGUUCCAGCAGCCUCCCAGCAGGUAGAAGGAGCAGUGAUCCGUCCUCUGUUCGUGCUGCAGGCAUCGUAUUUUGUAUCUACAGUCAUUUAGUUAAGUUCGUUUUUACGUCCUGCAAAGGUCUAUUGUUGUUUUUGGGGUGUGGUUUUUUUUUUGUUUCAUUUUUUUUGUUUUGUUUUCUUUAAAGAAAAUAUCUCUAGAGUGUGGCAGCUUAGACUGGGCAAAAAUACUGUUAAUCUGUUCUUCCCAGUGUCAUAAAACCGCUGACCAGGACACCACUGGGACAGCAGGGACCAAAUCCAUUCCUGGCCUAAGCUAGUAAAGCCUGCAGAGAGAAGCCAGUGGUGGGGUGUGUGUAACGGGUGGAUUUAGUUGCGUCAUGAGCAGAAUGUGGAUUUUUGCAUUCAUCUCUGAUGCUGGCUGCACGGAGAGCUUCCCCUGCAGGCUCUGCUUGGCAGCUAGGCUUAGGAUGGCAGCCAUCCUGCUGGGUUUGCAGAUUGGCAAUGCAGUGCACAGGGUGGGCUCCCUGUGCUGGUCCCUGCUCGUGUCCCAGGAUGAAGUCUGCAUCUUCUUCCCCCCUACCCCCCCCAGGUGCUGGUUUUGGUGGGUUGUUCCACUUAUGCAUCCUUCUGCAGAAGGGUGGCAGGGCUCCUGGCAUACCUGCUGCUGGUCAUCAACCAAAACGAGUGGGGAGAGCAGCUUUCUGCAGGAGCAGAACACGGGGAGGCCUCGUGAGUCACAUGGAGGCGUUAACUCCUACCCCAUAUUUUGCUUUUGGUGUUUGAACAAGAGAGGAGACUUAAGAACUGCCUUCAGACAUUGACCACUAAAUAGGGAAUAAAUUGAAGGCAGCCUUGAUUCUUCUAAAAUGUUGCGAUGAGAUCUCCACUGCUGUUACAGAAACUUUUACAAACACCAGUGCCUAUGUAAUUAAGCCUUUUUUAACUGUUUUCAGGUUUUGAGUUACCUUUUUUUAACCAUCCAAAUACAGAGUGAGGAGUUAAGCAUUGCAGUCAUGUUUUUGUAUUAAACUCGUUUUGUAGAACAAAUCUCACUGGCUUGGUGCUGUUUAUUAUACGUUCAGUUUAGCUCUGUAAACCAAUAUAUAAAAUAAAUUUAUUAUGAAUGA